UCUUCACUGAGCCAGUGGCUUAGGCCAUAGGCAGAUGGGGCCAUGAGUGUGGUUACUCUGCAAACCUUUUAUGCCCUCAUCCACAGCUGCCCUUCAGAGCAGUAAUGUGAUGCAGGCACUGAACCAUGUAAAGAAAGGGAAGGAGGAUCAUCACAGGGGUCUGAUAUCUGUGGUUUGACUAAGUCAUUGGUUGACAUGAAAGGGAAUCCUCUCAAAACACAGGAUUUCAAAAUUGUUGCUUUUUAUUUGUUUCCAUAUUGGCAUGGUUCUUGUCGUCUGAUCCCUCAGUGACUAUUUCAUUUUUCCAGGUAUGAUGGCGCCUGCAACUUCCUCUUUUUCUGGGUACUUCAUGGCUGUUCUUCUCUCACAGAUGGAAAUACUCACCUCAGAGCAGUUCACCGUGCGCAGCUCCGCGAGCCACAGGGUGGUCACGGUGGGCGCACAGACAGAGUUCAGCUGCCAGCUGUGGCCACCCCAGAAUGCACGGCACAUGGAGGUGGGCUGGUUUCGCAAUCAGUCCUCUCGGCUGGUUUACCUGCCCGCGAAUGAGGAAGAGCGCUCUGGAGAAAGCACGCAGAACUCUGCGAAUCCCAUGUUAUUCCUGAAAGACGCCCUAGAAGAGGGCAAAAUAUCCCUUAGAAUCUACAAUAUCAGUAUUUUUGAUGGAGGGCUGUACCACUGUUUCUUUAGGGAUGGUGACACCUAUGAAGAGGCCACUGUGGAUUUGAGGGUGGCAGCUAUAGGCACAGACAUACAGAUUAGUGUUCAGGUUUCUGACACAGAGGGGCUGCUGGUGGAAUGUGACUCAGGAGGGUGGUUCCCACAAGCUGAGAUGACGUGGAGAGACAGCAGUGGAAAUACAAUUCCACACUCAUCAAAAUAUUACUCUCAGGAUGGAACUGGAUUAUUACACCUGAAGAUGAGUGUUCUUCUCAAAAACAGCACCCAUGGUCCCGUCACUUGCUGCUUUUACAACCCAGCCACUGGCCAGGAGAAAAGAGCAGGUAUUGUCAUAUCAGAUAUCCUGUUGGAAUCAAAGUAUAUGUUUUCUAAAAUUGCUCCGAUAUAUGUGAUCAUUAUGAUCCCUGUGUUGGCUCUUCAGUGUUGCAGAAAAAGAGUUAUACAGAAUAGAAGAACUUGCUUUCAAGUUGUGCUUCAGGGUCUUCCUUUAAUGUUACACGUGGCCUUCUUACCUCUCUACCUCAGGUUCAGGAGCAGAGAUCCUAAAUGA